GCCGUUUUACACCUCUCUUUUCUUCCAGGAAAUUUCUUCUUCGUCUUACUGAUUCCUAUAUAUUAUUAAUUAGGCAUAUAUCUUUUUCCCUCGAGGAGGAGGAGGAGGAGGAGGACUCUACUCUGCCCCGACCUCACCUUGAAAUACAUCCCUUUGCUUUCCCGUUCAUUAUUUUAUAAAGAAGAAAGGGCGUCUUCUUUCUUGACUUGUUGAUCCAUCACCAACACCAACACUACCACAAUGGAAUUGUUGUUGCCCCGACGUCUCAUCUCUGUUUUCUCAAUCAUUCUCAUAGCUUCUUCUUCUGCCCCUUGUUCGAUUCACGCCCAGCAGCCUUAUGUGGGCAAGGCCACGUCAAAUUGCGACGGCAAUUCAAAUUCGGUUCUUGGCUACACCUUCAAUGGCUUAAACGCGACUUGCCAGGCUUACCUCACCUUCAGAUCCCAGCCCCCAUACACCACCGUUGCUUCCAUCUCCGAGCUCUUGGGAGCCGACCCAUCCCUGCUCUCCCAGCUCAACUCAGUUUCCCAGAAUGCAUCGUUCCAAACAGAUCAACUGGUGCUUGUUCCCACCCGGUGCUCUCGUUCAGGUACCUAUUACCAAGCAAACACAUCUUAUGUUGUUAAAAGUGGAGAUAUUUAUUUGUCCAUUGCCAACUACGUCUUCCGUGGUCUAUCAGCCUGUCAGGCUAUCCAGGCCCAGAACCCUAAUCUCACUGCCAAAACCUUACACCCCGGUGACAGAUUACUUAUUCCCCUGAGAUGUGCUUGUCCUACCAAAAACCAAACCGAUGCUGGCUUUAAUUAUCUAUUGAGUUAUGUGAUCGCCCCGGCUGACUCCGUUUCUCUCAUAAGUUCGAAUUUCAGGGUAGAUACUGGCAAGACUCUCGAAGCCAAUCAACUAUCUGAACAGGAUCCCACCAUCUAUCCCAAUACUACCCUUCUAGUUCCUCUCCGAAAGCCACCGUCAAUUUCGCAGAUUAGAGCGCCGCCUCCGCCUCCGCCAGCGUCUCCUCCGCCUCCAACCACUUCUCCUCCGUCAAAUGGCGGCAGCUCUAGCAAAACAUGGGUGUAUGCUCUCGUCGGAGCUCUUGGGGGCGGUGCCUUUGUUUUGCUCGCUGGAAUCAUUCUUUUCUGCUUGUUCUUCCGUAAAAGCGCCCAGAAAAACAAGCAGAAAAAAGAUCCAAGUAUCAACUCGGAGAGUUUUGAGGCGGCGGAGAAGCCACAUGAGAAAAUUGUGGAGGAAGAGUCCAAGGACUUUUUGGAGAGUAUAUCUGAUAUAGCUCAAUCUCUCAAAGUAUAUAGUUUUCAAGAACUUCAGUCUGCAACCCAGAAUUUCAGUCCCAGCUGUUGGAUUAGAGGAUCUGUUUAUCACGGCACGAUCAAUGGGGAUUCUGCUGCCAUCAAGAAGAUGGACGGAGACGUGUCAAAGGAAAUAGAUUUGCUAAACAAGACCAGCCACUUCAAUCUCAUCCGGCUGUCAGGUGUUUGUUUCAAUGAAGGGCAUUGGUAUCUUGUUUAUGAAUACGCUGUUAAUGGACCCUUGAGUGACUGGAUUUAUCACCGUAACAGUGAUCACAAGUUUCUAAAUUGGACACAGAGAGUACAGAUUGCUUUGGAUGUGGCCACGGGGCUUAACUAUAUCCAUAACUAUACAUCUCAACCCUAUGUCCACAAGGAUAUAAAGAGCGGUAAUGUUCUUCUGGAUGGUGAUUUUAGGGCUAAGAUUGCCAACUUUGGGCUAGCAAGAUCAGCAGGUGGUCAGGAAGGCGAAUUUGCAUUGACAAGGCAUAUCGUUGGCACACAAGGUUACAUGGCUCCGGAGUAUUUGGAGCAUGGUUUUGUCUCGACGAAGAUGGAUGUCUACUCAUUUGGGGUACUCAUGCUGGAGAUACUUACCGGGAAAGACGUCAAAGAGUUGUAUGAAAGGUUUAGCAUCAUGUCAGACAUCUUGAUUCCUGUGCUUAAUGAGAAAAAGGGGAAGCAGAGCUUGGUUGAUUUCAUGGAUCCUUCUUUGCAAGGGAAUUACCCUGCAGAACUUGCCAUUUUUGUAGCCCGAUUGGUUGAUAGUUGCAUAAAGAAAGAUCCAUCAGGCCGGCCAGGCAUGGAUGAGAUUUUGCAAUCUCUAACACAAAUUAUGACCACAUCGCAGAACUGGGAAAUGUCAAAUAGCAUCUCAGGGUACUAAAGUUUCAGUUACAGCUUUUCUACCAACUUCUUUCUUUUUGCCUUUUCAUCUUCUUGGCUUCUGUUUCCCUUUUUGCGGACUAUCUGUUAGGUGUAAAUUGUUUUGAAAUGACAGAUUUGUUGUUUCAAGCUA